GUGUGAAACUAUUGUCAAAAUAAGACGUAACCCAAGUGGUGGUACUUUUGUAAAAUAUUUGUACAGGAAAAUGUGUAAAAUUUAGUAAAAAAUAGCGAAAUACAAAGUUCCCCAAUAUAUAUUCGGCGGCUUGCUCAUUCCCAUCAUUCGCAGUAGAGAUGCAAAAGCGGACCAGAACCGGGUCCGGAAUCGCAGAAGUUCGAGCACCGGAGAGGAUAGCGGGCCAUGCUGAGAGAUAUGAUGAGAACAUGCAACAUACUGACAAGGUCUUCAAUCAGAAGUCACUUAACAGGCCACCAGCCUUUGUCAAUCUUUCCAUAUUUCCAUCCUUAAUGCGAUUGGCACCGCCCAGCGAUAGCGUAGAAAGAAAAUACAUUGUCGAUUUAUUCAAAAAUUGCUAUGAUGCGUUGAUUUCCUAUCGCACCGAUCGACAUGCGCCGACUCCAUAACGCUGAGCAAACACACCAGGUCACGCGGACUUCCUUCCACUCCAGACCAAGCAACCGACCAGGCGCAGUCCGGGUUUAGCGCUCGCCCCAGCCCCGGUCCACCCCCUCUAAGAUAGACCAACCUCGACGUCUCCUCAAAGUUCCAUCUACUUCUGCAAAUUUCUUGUGGAUUGACCCCUGGACGUGAAUGAGCUUACCUUCCUCCUGAAAUAGGUCCAUCACAAGUGGCGCCCGAGCAGGGACCUGAGGGAACGUCGACGAGGGUUUGUGGAAUAAAACUCCACGGCCGCUAGAGAAACAGGAAAAACAACGCGAAGGAAACCCCGACUUCACGCAAUUUCCAGCGGUGCGGGUUACGAAAGCGCGGCUCAGCGAUAGAGAAACGGAAACAGUUCCAUCACCCCGAGAUGAAAAUCGAAAAGCCCGCGGCGAAGCUCGACCCAGUGCCCCAGUGCCGAAAAACGCAAGCCAAACGAAAUAGAAAACGCGGAACAGCCCGGUAAGUAUUACCAUGGAUUCGCCAACCCAAGGGUGAGUACCGGAAGGGUGAGCUGGAAUCCUUCGCCGAGGAAUUCGGAUUCAGCCGCGAGGGUAACGCGGAAGAUUUGCGGAGAAAUUUCGCCGAACUAGCAGCCAGAUCACCAGGGCGAGCUAGAUAACCACAGCCCGGCACCUCGGCACAAGUGGAGAAGCGAAAGACAGACCCCGAGCUCAGCCUACGACCCCGUGGAACCACGGGGGGCAAAACCAGCGUCCCGCCGACAUCGAUAACCGCCGUAGGUCUACCAAAGAAGGUCUUUCUCGCAGAAGGAAACGGCCCCACAGACGGCCUUUACUACAGUCACGCCGCCCAGAUGGCGGAAUGGAUUCGAAAGUGGGGAAUCCAGUUCGACGGGCAGGAUGACCCACUGUUUUUCGUUGAGCUACUGGAGGUGCGUACCCUCUCGUACGGGGUAGACAUAAACUGCCUGCCGCGAGCCAUGGCGGAGCUCCUCACCGACCGAGCCAACCGAUGGUUCCGCACCAGCCAACUACAGACCGCCUCAUGGACCGACUUCCGUCAGUACCGAGUUCCGUCAGGACCGAGUUCCGUCAGGACCGAGUUCCGUCAGGAAUUCCUAGCCUUCUUCCUGCCUCCCAGGUACUUCGAGCAGCUGGAAGACCAGAUCAAGGACCGCAAACAAGCGGUAGGCGAUCCGUUCAAGGACUUCACCAUCGAGCUCCGUUUGCUCAUGCACCACGCCGGGUAAGACGCUGCCAAAGAACUCAGUAGGAUCUACGACAACACUCCCCACCGUACCAGCUAUACGUGCGAAGACACGAACUACGAAGCCCAGCACAACGCACGAUAUUGGCCACGGAAUACGAAAGUAUACAGGAGCGGAAUAUCUUAGCAACGCCCA